AUGGCAAGCGUCUUAGCUAGUUGUUGUUUGGGUUCUAAUAAUGAGUUAAUAACUUUACGAAUUUUACGUUCAAUGCAACCACCAAUGUAUUGUAAUGUCAGGAAUGGAUUUGCUGGGAAGUCAAGUAAAAGUGCUUUGCUGCUUUCUCAACGUAAUCAGAGAUUUAACAGUCAUAUGUCUUCACUAAUUGACGUUUGA